AUGGCCACGGGUCGGAAACCCCGAGAGCCACAGAGCAGCGCGCAACAGCGAGUGAAACCAUGGCGCCCGUUCAAUACCUUCCCACCGUUGGUGGUGCUCAUAUUGGGGCUACUGGCCAAGGACGGUGUGUCGGCUGCUCCUUCGCUCCUGGGACUGGGUGAGGUGGUCGAUGUAGUGGAAAAGGUGCCAGAGGUCGUAGAAGAGGUACCGGAGGUGGUGGAAAAGGUACCAAAGAUCGUAGAAAAAGUAACGAAGGUGGUAGAAGAGGUACCGAAGGUGGUGGAAGUCGUGGAAAAGCUGCCAAAGGUGGUAGAAAAGCUGCCGGAGGUGGCAGAAGAGGUGCCGAGGAUAGUGGAAGUCGUGAAAAAGCUACCAAAGGUAGUAGGAAAGGUAACGAAGGUCGUGGAAAAGGUGCAAAAGGUGGUAGAAAAGGUGCUAAAGGUGACGAAAGUGGUGGAGAAGCUACCAAAGGUCGUGGAAAAGGUGCCAAAGGUGGUAGAAGUGGUGGAAAAAUUGCCAAAGGUCGUGGAAAAGGUAGCGAAGGUGGUAGAGAAGGUGCCAAAGGUGGUGGAUGUGGUAGAAAAGCUGCCAAAUGUGGUAGAAAAGCUACCAAAUGUGGUGGAAGAGGUACCGGAAGUAGUUGAAGUGGUGGAAAAGGUGCCAAAGGUGGUGAAAGAAGUAACGGAGGUGGUAGAAGUGGUACAAAAAGUGCCAAAAGUGGUAGAAGACGUAACAAAGGUGGCGGAAGUGGUGGAAAAGCUGCCGAAGGUUGUGAAAGAUGUACCGAAGGUAGUGGAAAUGGUGGAAAAGCUGCCAAAGGUGGUUGAAGACGUAGAAGAGGUAGUGGAGGUGGUGGAAAAGCUGCCAAAAGUGGUGGAAAAGGUAACGAAGGUGGUAGACAAGGUGCCAAAGGUGGUGGAAAAGGCGACAAAGGUGGUGGAAAAGGUGCCGAAGGUGGUGGGAAAGGUGCCAAAGGUGGUGGGAAAGGUGGACAAGGUGGGAUAGAGCGGACGAACGCUGAUGGAGUGUCAUGAUCCUCCACUCACAAGAUCGGGCUUGCGCAGACCGCAAUAUGAUGCGCCGAGAAAUAAAUGUAAAAUGGAAUUGAUACACCUUCAUGUUUUAGAUUCACUAACGACUCGCCGAGUGUUAGUACUUAUAUGGUCGAAUGUAAAUACCCACUGUGCUUGAAAAUAAACGUUAG